UAUAAUUGAUACCAGCGCAUGCCAUUCUAAUGAUCAAAACCGCGCUUUGAUAAGUCUUAUAUAUGUACUGAGUUUUAUCGUAAUUUUUUGUCAUAGAGAUUUUUGUGUUCGUUAACAGUGUUCAUUAUUUCUAUCAAUUGAAGUUUUGACAACUUUAAAUUUGAAAAUCGUUUUUCGACCGGAGGAAAACCAACAAGUGAAAAACAACAGACUCGUCUGUCAUAGUAGUACCAUAGUAGCGAAACAAGACAGAAGAAAAAGCUGUGAGAAUGGGUUUGGACAAGACUAAAGUGAUCAGGAGCCACUACGACAGGAGGGUCGUGUCAGAUAACGAUUGCAAGAAAGUGGCAAACAUGAAGAACCUCGACGAUGACACCUUCACUGUCAUCAUUGACAUUUUCGUGCAAAUGGACACGGACAAGGGCGGCUCAAUAAGUGUCAGUGAGUUACAGAAGGGGUUGUCGUGUGUGGGCGUAGACCUCACACAGAAACAGUUUGAGGAGAAGAUGGCCAAGUUUGACCUUGACAGUAAUGGGUUCCUGGACAUUGUGGAGUUUACAAAGUACUGCAUUGAUGCGAUGGGAGACAACAAGGACCCCAAGGGCAACUUGAUGAAGGCACUGCAGAAGUUCGAUAAAAAGAAAGUCGGAUACCUGAAUGACUCACAAAUCAUUGAAAUCCUGUCCUCGCUUGGAAACGAGAAGAUCAGCAAAGAUGAAGCCAAGCAGAUAGUAAAAGAUGCCGACAAGAACGGAGAUGGGAAACUGCAGAUAGAGGAGUUUGCUGACUUCCUCCUCCAAGACACACCCCAGCAGAAGGGCAAAAAUAAGUAAAACAGAGAAAGAGAGAGCUGGAAACUAAGAUUGAGAAUCAAGUCUGAACAUUUCGCCUACUAUGAAACUUUGUUAUUAAGAACGCAUUUUUAAUGAAUCGCUAAAUAGUAAUAAAAUUUGUGCUCUUUGAUCAAA